UUGAGACAAAAAAAUAACUCAUAGAUAAUCCAACUCCGAAAAUAUAGGGCAAUUAAGCAACGUUGCGGUACGAAAUGCUCAAAGUGUCAAAUCUACGACACGGCCAUUAUCGUAGGUUAGGUUGACUUAUGCUUAACCUCACUUUAUAACACCGCGUUACAUGUUUAAUAACACUCAAAAAAAAUAAACAAACAUUUAAUUUAUUAUAAAAAUGUUUACAACAAAGUCAUUUAUAAAAAAAAAUAAAAUCGGAAACUUCUUGAAAAAUGUGCGGGAACAUUAUAUACGGGACGAUAUAUCGUGCGGAAUUCCAGAGUGCCCCAAAUGUCCCGCGGAGUCUUCCAGUUACUUGUCCGUCUCGCACGUGAACAAAUGUACCCUAUUUAACGGGAACCACUUUAUUAUCCUCGAUACGAAUAUUGUCUUGGACCAAAUGGACGUGCUGGAGGAGCCGGUGAUUGCCAAUGUGAUUAUUUUGCAUACAGUUUUCAAUGAGGUGAAGCACCGAAGCUUACCAAUCUAUAAGAGAUUAAAUGCCAUUUUGGAGAACCCUAGCAGGCACUUUUAUGUUUUUAUCAAUGACCACCAUAAGGAUUGUUAUUUGCCAGAGGAGGAGGGUGAGUUAAUAAAUGAUCAUAAUGACCGGUGCAUACGAAAAGCAACUUCUUGGUACAUCAAUCAUUUACCUGACAAAAAGUUUGUUCUUAUCACAGAUGAUAAUAAAAAUAAGCAAUUGGCUCUUUCUGAAGGAAUCCCUACUUGCACCAUAACUGAAUAUGUCCAAAAUUUAGAAAACAGUUCGGUACUAGAGGAUAAACUGUCACGCAAAGAUUACCACACAAAUGAUGAUUCAAAAGACCUUUUUCCAGCACAUUUAUCAACUGGGCAGCUUUUAAAAGCGAUUAAAGAAGGAACCUUGCAUCAAGGCACCUUUAGGGCUUCCAGAGAUAAUUUCCUGGAAGGUUUCGUGAAUAUCGAGAGCUUUAAAGAUCCUGUUUUAUUGCAAGGCAGAAGUGGAUUGAAUAGGGCUGUUGACGGUGAUAUUGUGGCUGUUGAGAUCUUUGAACAGGACAACUGGGUCAGCCCUAGUGAGAUUGUACUCGAGGACGACUCCACUGUUGACGAUUUAGAAGAGAAAGAAAAAGGGCUAAAGGGCACUGGCGAAGUCCAACCAACAGGACGGGUUGUAGGAAUAAUUAGGCGCAAGUGGAAACAGUACUGUGGCAUUUUACAGGGGGGCUCAGAAGGGUUAUAUCAGAUAUUCGUACCGGCAAACCGCUCAAUACCGAAAGUGCGAAUCGAAACGAGACAAGCGGAAUUUCUAAGAACUCAAAAGCUGAUUGUGACGAUCGAUUCUUGGCCGAGGAACUCUCGUUACCCCCACGGACAUUUCGUACGUGCUCUGGGACGUAUUGGGAGUCAAGAUACUGAGAACGAAGUGGUUUUAUUGGAGCACGAUGUGCCCCAUAGUCAGUUUAGUGAGGAUGUGCUGGCGUGUUUACCACAGUUGCCUUGGGUUAUUACCGAGGAGGAUGAAAAGAAGCGAGUUGACCUAAGGGGGAUCGAUAUUUGUUCAGUGGAUCCUCCUGGCUGUACUGAUAUUGACGAUGCUUUGCAUUGCCGGUUAAUCGACGAUGGUACCAAACUGGAAGUGGGAGUCCAUAUCGCCGACGUAUCCCACUUUAUCAGACCGGGUACCGCCAUAGACUUAGAAGCCUCAUCCAGAGCGACGACAGUUUAUUUGGUCGGCAAACGGAUCGACAUGGUACCGGAACUGUUAAGUUCCAAUUUGUGCUCUUUAAGAGGCGGCGAGGAACGUUUCGCGUUUUCGUGCAUAUGGGAAAUGGACCUGGAGGCGAACAUCUUGAGCACCAGGUUCCACAAAAGUAUCAUCAAGUCCCGUCGGGCGAUGACGUACGAGGAAGCCCAAAUAACGAUCGACGACCAGAGCAAACGUGACUCGAUAGCGGAAUCCUUGAGGAAUUUGAAUGAAUUGGCGAAGAUUUUGAAGAAGAGACGCUUGGAGAAGGGCGCUUUGGUGCUCGCCUCGACGGAAGUGAAGAUUCUGAUGGAUUCGGAAACGAUGGAACCGCUGGAUGUGGAAGUGAAAAAGAUGUACGAGACCAACUCGAUGGUGGAGGAGUUUAUGUUGUUGGCGAACAUUAGUGUGGCCGAGAAGAUCCUGGAGGAUUUCCCGGAUUGUGCGAUGUUGAGGAGACACCCGACACCACCGGCGGCCAAUUUCGACCCUCUAGUGAAGGCCGCACGGCAUUUGGGUUAUGAAAUCUUAAUAGACAGCGGCAAGAAUCUGGCGGAGUCCCUGGAUAAGGCCACUAGCGAUAAGAACCCUUAUUUGAACACCAUGUUAAGGAUGUUGGCCACCAGGUGCAUGUUGCAAGCGGUUUAUUUCCCUAGCGGUACCUUGCAAAAAGACGAUUACUUCCAUUACGGGUUGGCGGUACCGUUGUACACCCAUUUCACGUCACCUAUAAGACGUUACGCCGACAUAAUCGUGCAUAGGUUGCUGGCGGUCAGCUGCGGUGCCGACAGCACUUAUCCAGACUUGCUGGAUAAACAGAAGUCGGCCGAUUUAUGUCAGAAUUUGAAUUAUAGGAACCGGAUGGCGCAGUACGCCGGCAGGGCCUCGGUCGCCUUCAACACCCACUUGUUCUUCAAAGGGAAAUUAAAUGACGAAGAGGGUUACAUUUUGUAUGUGAGAAAGAACGCGUUGCAAAUAUUAAUACCGAAAUACGGUCUGGAAUGCACGUUGUAUUUGGUGAAAAAGGGGGAAACGAGCAUUUUCGAAUACGACGAGGAGCGACAGACCCAACGGGCUGGCGAUGUGGUUUUUUACACUUUUGACCCGGUGACCAUAAGGCUCCAUUUGGACUCGACCAAUGUGCAACACGAGAAGUUUGUGGUGCAACUGGUGAAGCCGGUGAUCGAAGGUUUUAGUGUUCCUCCUUUGGAGGAGGCCAUGGAGGCAAGCGAUAUUGUUGCCACGCCCAACGAGAAGAGGAAGAAAAAGGAGCAAAGCAAGAAGAGCAAAAAGAGUAGGAAAUAAUAAUAAUAUUUUUCAACUUUGUUGGGGGAGGUUUUGUACAGAGAGUUAUUGAUGUUUAAUAAAAGUUUUAUAUGAUAAGACAAAA